AUGUGCACCCAGCAGGCUGUAAGUAACAGCUCCCAGUCCAGACCGCCAGUCGUGAUGCCCAAGUUGCAAAAGAAGAGUCUGAAGCAAGAUGUGACCCCUGCACCACAAACACAGGUGUACAUAAAACCAGAAGAAGAAAGGUCAGUGCAUCACUUUGAUUUUGGGAUUCCUGUGAAGUACAUCCAGCAGGCUGUAAGUAACAGCUCCCAGCCCAGACCAUCAGUCGUGAUGCCCAAGCUGAAAAUGCCUCCCCAAGUGAAUCAAGUCAAGGCUGCUGCUGGUCUCAGACCCCGGCCUGUCUCGGCUAAAGAACCACAGCCGUCUACACCCUCUGUUGCUGGAACCUCUGACUCAGGGAGAGGAAAAAUCAUGGGCAAAAAGGGAGCAGAGAGUGCACGGCUAGAAGCACAAAAGGCUGUCUUGCUGCAAGAAAAAGAGAAAUUGAAAGCAGUGCUUGAAACUGUCAACGUCCAGAUAGAAAUGGGAAAGGCACUGCUUUAUAAACAAAAGAUCAACACAGCUGGUUCACUCAAAAUUGAACAGCUGGAAGCAGCAGCCAAUGAUGGAAAACAACAGAACAUUCAGACCGAGAGGCUCUUAGCAGAACAGCUUGCAGAAACUAAGAGACUGAAGGAAGAGCUGGCCAAGGCACAGAAAAAACUUGAGGAGGAAAAACUUCAGAGGGAGGAGGACGUGUCACGUCUUCAGGCUGAGCACAUCAAAAUAACAUCCAUGAUGAAAGCAGCAGCAACCAAGGCCCAGGAAGACCUGGAAAAUGAGCGGUCACAGUGGCUCCAGGAAAGGUCCACCAUCCAGUCAGCUCUGAAAUCCCUAAAGGAGUCCAUUGAUGAGACUAUGGAAGAAAAAGAUAAAUUCAUUACUGACGCUCCGGUGCUGCAGUAUCUUUAUUACCUUGCUCAGGUUGGCAUUGCCAUGUCACCACUGAGCAACAACAGCCUGUUCCUCAGUUACCACCACAACCCACUGCCAGAGUAUCUGUCCAGAGGCCUUAUGGUCUCCUUGUCCACUGAUGAUCCUCUUCAGUUCCACUUUACCAAGGAACCUCUGAUGGAGGAGUACAGCAUUGCUACUCACGUGUGGAAACUAAGUUCAUGCGAUAUGUGUGAGCUGGCACGAAACAGUGUCCUCAUGAGUGGAUUUUCACACAAGGCCAAAAGCUACUGGUUGGGUCCAAAUGAUGCUAAGGAGGGUCCCGAGAGCAAAGACAUCUGCCGAGCCAACGUACCAGAUAUCCGUGUGGCCAUAAAUAAAGUUUCUAAAAAAAAACAACAAAAAAAUCCUGUUCUUCUGUCAUGUAGCCACAGCUUCUGUAAAGACUGUCUGAGGAGAUGGUGGAGAGAGAGGACGACACACGAGUGUCCAGUUUGUAAGAGAAGAUCUUCAAGGUGUGAUCCACCUUUAAACCUGGCUUUGAAGAACCUGUGUGAGUCUUUCUUACAGCAGAGAGCUUCAGAGGAUCUCUGCAGUCUGCACUCUGAGAAACUCAAACUCUUCUGUCUGGACCAUCAGCAGCCAGUGUGUGUCGUCUGCAGAGACUCAGAAAAACACAGCGAGCACAGAUUCAGACCCAUCGAUGAAGCUGCACGACAACACAAGAAGGAGCUUCAGGAAACUCUGGAGAAGAAGUUAAAGAUUUGUGAAGAAGUUCAAGUGAAGUUUGAUCAAACAGCAGAACACAUUAAGGUCCAGGCCCGACACACAGAGAGGCAGAUUAAGGAGCAGUUUGAGAAGCUUUGGCAGUUUCUAGCAGAGGAAGAGGAGGCCAGGCUGGCUGCACUGAGGGACAAAGAGGAGCAGAAGAGUGGGAUGAUGAUGAAGGAGAAGAUGGAGGCUCUGAGCAGAGAGAUAGCAGCUCUUUCACACACAGUCAGAGCCACAGAGGAGGAGCUGAGAGCUGAAGACAUCUCAUUCCUGCACAGCUACAAGGCUGCAGUGGAAAGAGUCCAGCGCUGCCCCCUGCUGGAUGAUCCACAGCUGCCCACAGGAGCUCUGAUAGACCAGGCCAAACACCUGGGCAACCUGACCUUCAACAUCUGGAACACCAUGAAGGACAUGGUCUCCUACACUCUGAUCCUGGACCCAAACACUGCUCAUCCACUCAUCCUGUCUGAAGAUCUGACCAGUGUGAGACCAGAGGAAGGAGAGAGGAAGAAGCUUCCUGAUAAUCCAGAGAGGAUUGAUUGUUUCUGCUCUGUCCUGGGCUCUGAGGGCUUUAACUCAGGGACUCACAGCUGGGAUAUUGAGGUUGGAGACAGUACAUGGUGGGGACUGGGUGUGUUAGCAGAGUCUGUGCAGAGGAAGGGAUACAUACGGUCUGGAUUAUGGAGAAUAUGGCUCUCUAAAAGGAAAUACUCAGCAUGGUCUCCAUCAGCUCAAACUGCUCUGUCAGUGCAGAAGAAGCUCCAGAGGAUCCGAGUGAAUCUGGACUGGAACAGAGGAAAUCUGUCGUUCUCUGAUCCUGAUACUAACACACACAUACACACCUUCACACACACUUUCACUGACAGGAUGUUUCCAUACAUUCACACUUAUGGUGAAGUUCAGGUGCUGCCAUUGAAGGUGAGGGUGCAGCAGAUGAGCUGAGGAUGAUGAUGUUUCAGUGAAUUGAAGCUGUUAAACUGCAGCUGUCCUCCUGCUGCCUCGUUCUUCCAAAGCUCUUUGUUUCUCUUUUAGUUUCACUCUUUCUUUCUCUUCCUGCUCUCCACCUUUUCACAUGGAAAUCAUUUCACUGUUUCUCACUGAAUGACUCCCCAAACUAGAUCUGAGCUUCUACCAAGUUUACAAUCAUUCCAAGUGAUUCCUGUUUG